CUGGAGAAGCGGCCGCAGCCGCAGCUGCCUCGGAGCUCUGAGGAGCUGGAGGAUUUGCACAAACUGCUGCACUUCCCCGAGGAGGUAGCUCUUAGAUUGACAGAAAGCGAAUAUCACUUAUUUUAUCAAGUCCAGCCGAGCGAAUAUUUGAAACGUGCAACACAAGACUUAGCAUCUUCAAAUAGUAAAACACUAGUCAGACCUCAGGAAUCAACUUCUACAACAAACAGUUCAACACAAACGGAUGAGGAUCCAUUGUGGCCAGGUGCGACAUCAUCGUACACUGUACAGUCUCUCAUCAACCGGCUAAAUGAGGUAAACUCAUGGGUAACUCACACAAUAACAAGUGGCUCGACAAUCGAAGAGCGUCAAGCUCUUCUUUCAUGCCUCUUGCGAGUUGCUCAGACCUGUUGGAAUAUUGGCAACUUUAACUCGGUGAUGGAGAUCAUCGCUGGUCUCAAGUCAAAUAAAUUAAAGCCAUUCUGGCAAAGCGUUAAUGAACCACCAGUACUGGAAUACCUCUCAUCAGCUUUACUGUCUUCCGAGUAUGAACGAGCUUUGGCACGAGCUCUGGCAAUGCCCGAAUGUCCAGUUAUACCUUUCUUUGGGACCUUUCUACGCGAGUUACGAGAAGCUAUUACGAGUGUUACAUCUAAGCAACAAGCAGGGUGUAAAGAGAAGAGAAAUCAACGCUGUAUCAGCAAAGAGGGCCCAAUACUUGAACACGUGCCUUCGACCUCGCCAAGUCCACGGGUCGAGAGCAAUGUUGAUGUACCUUAUGAGUGGAGUUCAUUCAAAAGUGGUACCAAUACUGAAGAGAAUACCGAUAGCACGCAUAAAACGGAAGCUGUCUUAAAUAAAAUUGCACUUUUUCAUCAACAUCGUCAUGCUCGUGGUAGAGAUGCAACCACUGGCUCAUUACAUCGUACCUUAAGUGUCCACACUACAGCACUUGAACAAGCAUAUACAUCUGAAGAGUGUGACGAGAAUGACUAUCACCUCGACCUGGAUUCAUACAAGCCGGUUCAACCCCUUGUUGCCGACCAUGGCGUCGCUCUUUUUCCUGUCGCUGCACCCCAUCAUGGAAUGGACCUUCAUCUGCUUCAGGUACUUCAUCAUGGAACCACCCUAGUACAUUGGGACUGUGAAGGAACUGGCUCUCGAACGGCACUAGUGUACGCACGAGUCGAUCGCGCCUGUGGGACAUUUGUCUGGGAAAAGCCGGCAUGGAGUCCUCUCAAAACGACUGGUAUUGGAGGCGUAUCUAGUGAAUUUACAUUGACAGUGAAUCCAGAAGAAAAUGUACCUCCAAUCCUCAUAUCAAAAUAUACAUCGCCACAGGCUGAUUGCGCGUCUGUCAGCCUUGAAGAGGGUUAUCUGGAUCUCAACUCUGUCAAAGAAGUCACUAUCGGUUGCUGUGAUAAAGACAGGGAAGCAGAACUUCGUGGCAUAUGCAAAAGAUAUGGCCUUCCGGGUUCUGAUUCCUGUAUUGGACUGAUGUAUGGCUCAAGUUUAUCUGAUAAUCGACUCAUUUUUCUCCUUGGACCACCUGCCCUAAGCAAACUUUGGUAUAUGGGUCUCUGCUGGAUUUUACGAGGUUUGAAACGUCAGCAACAGUUAACAGAUAGACGAUCAAGGUGGCUGAAAGAAAAAUAUCUUCAACUCUACUUCGAAGAAGGCUGUGUAGAACCUACCACUGCUGAUGCAAUUCGUAUAUUUGGUGGACGAGAUUGGUCCACGACUGAUAGCAUUGGUACUCUUUCACCAACCAAUAGCAGUAAUCUCCGACGACGUAAUCCCAAACCUAGCAAGAAAACUAAAUCUAUUAGCAAUAUUCAUGCAUUAACAAAAGAAUUAAGUUUAAAGCAAUAUGAUUCAUCAUCAUCGGAUGGUGGUAUUGGAACAGCCCCGUUACGUCAUGGAAGUCGAGAGUCUUUAACAAGAAUUGUACCUACUUCACCACGUUCUAGUCGAGAUCGUAUUCCACCACGUAGUCCACCUGGCUCAGCUGAACGUAUGUUCUCUGCAAGUUUACCCUACUCCAGUUUACAAAGCUUGCUUUGUCUGACAAGAGAUAAAGAUAAGAAUGGAUCUAAUCCUCCGUCUGGAGUAAUGGAAACUCCUUGGCAAGUUAAAGCACGUACAACGUCCAUCAUGUACGAAACUCAGCUUAAUUUUGUUGAGUUUGUUGCAUUAUUCAGAUCAUUCAGUUUAAGGGCGCGAAAAGACUUACGCGAUCUUUUUGGACAACUUGCUAUUACCUGUCGCAGUCAAAGUGAUGGCUCUUUACGUGAUUUUACUAUGAAACCUUCAGUUUUAAGACAAACUAGUGAUGCAACGCCACAACGAAUUGGAUUAUUAACGAGAAAUAAUUCUAUUGACUCUCAUGAGUAUAAAACAAGUGGCAACCUUCACAAAAAACAGAUAUUCGAUGCUAUUGCUGCUGCCAGUAUUGUUAACAAUUGUUCCGGUGUUGAUACAUCUAAAUCUCAAGUAAUAACUCUUGCGACUUUUACGAAAUUUUUAGAAUCACGUCAACAGGAAAAAUUAUCUGAUGAACAAAUUAAAGCGCUUAUCAAGAGACAUGAACCUGAUCCUGCUUUACGGGUACAAUGGUGCUUAUCUUUCGAAGGAUUUGCUCGAUAUAUGAUGGAUAAAGAUAAUUAUGCAUUUCCCGAUGAAUACGCUGUCCCCGAUGAUACUGAUAUGCAACAGCCUUUGUCACAAUACUACAUAGCAAGCUCACAUAAUACUUAUUUAACGGGCCAUCAACUAAAGGGGGAAUCAUCGGUUCAAUUAUAUUCUCAAGUACUUCUAACUGGAUGUCGAUGUGUUGAACUAGACUGUUGGGAUGGUGAUGAUGGUUCGCCAUUGAUUUAUCACGGUCAUACAUUUACAACAAAAAUUCCUUUUAGAUCUGUUGUUGAAGCCAUUGAUAGAAGUGCUUUCGCCACUUCGCCAUAUCCAGUUAUUCUUUCAAUAGAAAAUCAUUGUACGCAAGCUCAGCAAGCUCGUAUGGCUCAAAUAUUUCAGUCAGUGUUUGGUGAUAAAUUAGUGACGAAAUUUCUUUACGACUCGGAUUUUGGUGAUGAUCCUCAACUACCUUCACCCUCUCAGCUACGUCAUAAAAUUCUUAUAAAAAAUAAAAAACUUGUCACAGAUCCGACGCCACCAUUAGCUCAUCCACAUGUAUGCCACCGAUACAAAAUAUUAAUGUCGGAUCGUGCAUCUUCUAUGAAGCAAAUGAGAACAGAAAUGAGUAGUGCUUCUGUUGUAGAAUAUUUCAGUGAAGACGAUGAUGAUGAAGAGGACGACGAUGAAGACGAUAAUGUAGAUGAUAAUUCAAUUUCAAGUUAUGAACGGUAUCAAGGGGGUAAUCAAAUACCACAUUCUCGUUUAAAGUCAGAUCCUGCGGUUGAUGAUAAGAUACAAAAACAGAGCAGCCAAAUUGCAAAAGAAUUGUCAGAUUUAGUUGUAUAUCUACAAGCAAUCAAAUUUAGAGGUUUGAAUACAGCGCCUGGGACAAUACCUGCAACAAAGCCUCGACAUCAAAGUCAUACGGGAACUGUACAAAGGCACAGUAUCGCUGGAAUUGGAACUGGUGGUAUAGCAUCUUCUACUGGCUCUCCCCAGUCGUUAUCUACUUCAGUGUCAGUAGCAAGUGGUGGAAGUAAUAUUGAUGCUUUAUUCAGACCAACUCGAGGAAUACCCGCCUGUUUUCAGUGUUCAUCAUUAAAUGAAAGUGCUGCGAAAAAAAUUUGCCGUAAACAACCACUGGGAGUCGUUGCACAUGCUGAGACCCAACUGAUCCGUACAUAUCCUGCUGGAAUGCGUAUUGACUCAUCGAAUUUUAAUCCUGUUAUAUUUUGGGCAUUUGGUAUUCAAAUGGUGGCACUCAAUUACCAGACGGACGAUGCAGCAUCACAUCUAAAUGCUGCUAUGUUUGAACAGAAUGGUCAGUGUGGGUAUGUGAGAAAACCCGCUGUAAUGUGGGACAAAGGGCACAUGAUGUAUCGGCGAUUCAAUCCUUGGGACAAGGAAUUCGACGGAUUACACUCCGUACAUUUAACUUUAUCUAUUGUUUCGGGUCAAUACAUUUCGCCAACUAAUCUGCUCGCAAGUACGUAUGUAGAAAUCGAGCUCGUUGGAAUUCCGAUUGAUUGUGCUAAACAUAAAACCAAGGCGAUACAGAAUAAUGCACUUAAUCCUAUUUGGAAUGAAAAAUUCUGCUUCCAAGUUAUGUUUCGAGAUUUAGCCUUUCUACGAUUUAGUAUUGUUGAAGCUAAUUCCCACCAUUCAAUUGCUCAGCGUGUUCUGCCUCUCAAGUGCCUCAGGCCUGGAUACCGACAUGUGCGUUUACGUUCCUGUAAAAAUAAACCAUUGGCAUUAUCAACCCUUUUUAUUUAUUCGCGAAUGGAAGAGGAAAGUUUGGAUUACAACACUUGUUGUCGUGAUCACAAUAAAGAGUCUAAACGUCCAACGUCCGGUAAAACUCCUGAAAAACUUAGCAGUGUUGAUCCAGGUCUUGGUGGUGUAACUUUAAAACGGCGAAUGUUCUUCCUGGCAGUUUACGACGUUACACCGGGUGAACCAUACACUAUUUUAAAAGUAACACAAGAAAGUACAACACAGGAGGUGAUGCUACAAGCUCUUCAAAAGGCCGGAAUAUCAGCAGAACAUGUAGAUGAAUACAUUUUAGUAGAGGAGGUAUCUAGAGGUUGGGAGAAAAAAGAUCGUGAGGAACUACCAACACAAAGAGUAUUAGAUCCGGCUGAACAUCCACUUCAAGCUCAAGCACUUUGGAAAGGCGCGGGUCGCUUCUUGUUAAAACGAGUUGGUAAUGAUCCAAGCAGUCGAGCAUGGCUGGCAUCAAUACGAAGUACGGCAGGACAUUCAAAAUUAAAUGAAGAAAGUGAACAUGAUGAAUCAACGCAUAUUUGGGAUGAAGCUGACACUUUUCUUGUGUGUAUCUACAAUGUAUCGCCUGAAAUUCCAUAUGCUAUUUUACGUGUUCCUGUGAGUAGUUCUGCACAGGAUGUUCUAGCACAAGCUCUAGUGAAAGCUCGAAGAAUGGAAGAUCCAACUAAAUUUGCUUUAGUGGAAGAGCUUGAGUGGGGUGGUACUGGUGCUGUCGGUAGUGGUAAUCAUCAGUUGCGUGUGUUGCGCGAUGAAGAAAAUGUUUAUAGCACUCAAGCCAUGUGGAAAACGCUUGGAAGAUUUAUAUUACGCGAACGAGAGCAAGCUAUUCCUCGAAAACACCUGCUUCCAGCUACGUUAGACAGAAUAAGUAAGGGCUUCUCAGUAGGUAGAUCAGUGUCAUUACCCGGCUCCAGCAAAGAAAAAGUUCCGGUUGCCGAGGCUCUAUCCGAUCCGACUUCAAGAGGCCUGCGUUAUAGACUUUUAAUGUCUGGACGCAGACGGGAGGUACACUCGGACGGUGAGGAGUCUAGGGAAUCAGACAUCCUCAAUGCUGCUUUGUACUUAAAGAAAGUGUCAUUGAGGAAAUUCCGAGUCUGGAAAUCUUAGUGGCAAUCACGAGCGACAAUACUCUCAUCAUUGUUUAUUCUUCACAAAGAUGAUUCACUUCCAUCAACUAAGGACUAACAAUUAAUUUUCUAUCAUUAUUUUACUAUCCAUAUCAUCGUCAUUAUUUAAUGUAUGAGAGUCAAGUCGCUCUUAUUCUCACACUGAAUAAAAAUUUCUAGUCAUGUGAGGAUUAGAUUGUUAGCUGGAGAUGGGAUACGUAAAGUAAGAAUUUAAAUAAUGAGAUAUUUAUUGAGAAACUCUUUUUCUAUUUUUUUCUACUCUUUGCGUUUUUGUGUAUUAUUCCUUACUGUAAUUUAUUUAUCAUUAAUUAUAAAAUUAAGAUAUAAUAAUGUAAAACUUCAUGAGACUAAUAAUUAAUUUAAAUGGUAUUGAUCAUGGGAUGAAUUAAAUCAACAUGUUUAUCUAGACAUGUUUUCCAGAUAUUUACACUUAACUUAUAGAUAUGUUUAUAAACGUAUUAAAGUAAUGCAUAAAAUGUAGAACGCAUAUAAAUACAUCGACGCAGGCGACGAAGGUUAUUAAAAAUGCUUAACAAAGCCAUUAAAAAUGAUUUUUGAAAAUACAAAUAUUUAAAAAAAAAGAUUUGUUAGUGUUCAAAACGAAUUAUGUGACACUCAAUGCCUAAACUUGUAGAAACGUGUGUGUCAAAAUAACCAGAUGAACACUUAAAUAUUAAAUACAUUAUUUUUAAUACACUUGAAACUUAUUGAAUUUUUCAAUAGUUUGUCAACUAUUAAAAUAUAAAUUAAUUAAAAUAAUCAAUUAUGUAAAGUUUGUUAAAGAAUUUAAUAUUGUUACAGGCAAUUAAUAACAUAAUAGAAUUUGCUUAAUUCAAUAGUUAUAAAUAGUGUGAGUUUCAUUAAAGUAUCAAAGAUAUCAAAUAGAUUAUUCCAAAGUUUGGUAAACUAUAGAUAAAUAUUGCGAUUUUGAUUCAUCCCAUGAUUGAAUUUUAUUUAUUAUCUAAAUUUUUAGACUCCUAUUGAGUAAUUGUUCAGAAAUGAAGUUCUGAUUUUUAACUCAUUCGAGAACUUAUUUUUAUUAUGAAUUAUGUUAAUUUGUUAUUAUAUGAUAAAUUAAAAUUUUUUAUUAAGUCUAAUUCGAUUGAAUAAUUGAAUAAUAAUGUGCAAUAUAUUUUUUAUUCUAAAUUUAAAGACUAGCUCAUUUUUGAACGGAAGAAAUGUUUUCUUGAAUGAAGAAAUUUAAAUCUCAUUUUUAAAUGGAACUUUAUUUCUACACAAUUACUUGAUUUUUUACUCAAUCUGUGAGAUAGAAAAUACUUUUGUUACUUAAACUAUUGAUACGAGUAUGGACUGAAUUCAAACGUGUAUUAAAUGGUAUUAAUGUCAUUGAAAAUGGUCAAUUGUUUGUCAAUAGCCAAACUAUUUUAAAUGAUAAUCUCUGUCCUCCGUGUGUAAUUAAGAUUCAAUUUAUCUAUAAAUGUCGUGUCUCAUACAUCAAUCUAUUGUAUUUUGUUAUGUUUGCACAACGAAACAAUUUAACUGGCAUCAUUGACUAUUUGAUAAUAUUAAAAAAAAUUUAUAAUGUUAUUCAUGAUUUUGAUGAUAAAAAUUAUUUUACAUAAAAAUUUCAA